AUGAGCAUUUUCACCUUUAGUCCUAGCCCAUCCCCAAACAUCGCAUUUGGACCUAUCGCCUUCCGCGUCCCCCACGCUUCUCCCCACCGUCUCUCACACACCUCCCCACGCACACGCCCACGCUUCCCCUCACCGUCGCCCACGCUUUCCCCCACCGUCGCUCACGCUUCCCCUUACCGCCGCUCACGCUUCCUCCUGCCUUCCCCCACGCUUCCCCACACCGUCGCUCACGCCUUCCCCCACCUUCCCUCACGAUUCCCCUCUCAUCGCCCACAGUUCCUCCUACCGUCGCCCACGCUUCCUCCCACCGUCACCCACGCUUCCCCCCACCGUCGCCCAAGCUUCCCCCCACCGUCGCCCACGCUUCUUCCCACCGUCGCCCACGCUUCCCCCCACCGUCGCCCACGCUUCCCCCCACCGUCGCCCACGCUUCCCCCCACCGUCGCCCACGCUUCCCCCCACCGUCGCCCACGCUUCCCCCCGCCGUCGCCCACGCUUCCCCCCACCGUCGCCCACGCUUCCCCCCACCGUCGCCCACGCUUCCCCCCACCGUCGCCCACGCUUCCCCCCACCGUCGCCCACCGCCACCGUCGCCCACCCCCACUGUCGCCCACGCUUGCCCUCCCAUCGCCCUCGGUUAGCCUUCCCGCCGACCUCCCUUCUCUCCCACCUCUCUCCACGUCGGCAUCACUCCCCUGCCUAUCACGUUCCCCCUCUUCACCGUCGCGUCUCCACCCAUGCCGCCCACCCUCUCAUCCCUUCCCAUCGCAUUUAGGCCUCUCACCCACCCUGGGCGGGGAGGUAUGGCGGGCUGGGCUGGGAGCUGGGGAAGGGGUCGUGACUCGUUUGCUGUGGGGUGUGGAAGGGUGCGUGGUCAGCAGCACCCACCCUUCUCUCUCUUGCAGUGACCUCCUCUCCUUUCUCGCACCAACCCCACACGCAUGGCAGGUGGUGGUGCGGCUUUGGAGCAGAGUGUUUGGCGCACAGCCAGGGCAGCGCGUGCAGGCGGGCAGCAAGGAGUGCAUCGUCCUCCUCUCCCUCUCCCUUCCUCCCUUCCUCCAUCUCUCUGCCUCACUACCCUCUUUACCCUCUCUGUUGCCCGUCCUCCCUUCCUCCCAUCCUUCCUUCCUGCCAUUCUUCCUCUCCUCAUCCUCCCUCGAUCCAGUCCCCCUUCCCCUUUCCAUCUCCCACUCUCCCACUCCCUUCCUCACGCCAACCCUGCUCCUCCGUUCCACCCUUCUACCUUCCCCCUUGUACCCAGCCGCACUUUUUCCUCUCAUCCGCCCAUCAUCUCAUCCGCCCAUCAUCUCAUCCGCCCGUCCUCUCAUCCGCCCAUCCUCUCAUCCGCCCAUCACCUCAUCCGCCCAUCAUCUCAUCCGCCCAUCAUCUCACCCGCCCAUCAUCUCAUCUGCCCAUCAUCUCAUCCGCCCAUCCUCUCAUCCGCCCAUCACCUCAUCCGCCCAUCAUCUCAUCCGCCCAUCAUCUCAUCCGCCCAUCCUCUCAUCCGCCCAUCACCUCAUCCGCCCAUCCUCUCAUCCGCCCAUCCUCUCAUCCGCCCAUCACCUCAUCCGCCCAUCCUCUCAUCCGCCCAUCAUCUCAUCCGCCCAUCCUCUCAUCCGCCCAUCAUCUCAUCCGCCCAUCCUCUCAUCCGCCCAUCAUCUCAUCCGCCCAUCCUCUCAUCCGCCCAUCACCUCAUCCGCCCAUCCUCUCAUCCGCCCAUCAUCUCAUCCGCCCAUCCUCUCAUCCGCCCAUCAUCUCAUCCGCCCAUCAUCUCAUCCGCCCAUCAUCUCAUCCGCCCGUCACCUCAUCCUCCCAUCAUCUCAUCCGCCCAUCCUCUCAUCCGCCCAUCCUCUCAUCCGCCCAUCUAAGCAGGAGGGGCAGCAGCGGCAGCCGCAGCCGGGGCCGCAGCAGCAGCAGCAGCAGCAGCAGCAGGGGCAGCAGCAGCAGCAGCACCUGCAGGGGCAGCAGCAGCUGCAGGGGCAGCAGCAGCAGCAGCAUCUGCAGGGGCAGCAGCAGCAGCAGCAGCAGCAGCAGCAGCAGCAGCAGCAGCAGGGGCAGCAGCAGCAGCAGGGGCAGCAACUGCAGGGGCAGCAGCAGCAGCAGCAGCAGCAGCAGGGGCCGCGGCAACAGCAGCAGCAGCAACAGCAGCAGCACCACCAGCAGCAGCAGCAGCAGCGGCGCCCUCCUUGA